AUGGAUUUAGCAACAGACCAAAAUUUACCGGAAAGAUUGAAUUUUGGUAAAAAUGAAGUUGAAAUAUUGAAUUAUUGGAGAAAAAUAGACGCAUUUCAAACAUCACAUAAAUUAUCAAAAGAUCGUCCAAAAUAUACGAAUUAUGACGGCCCCCCAUUUGCAACUGGUCUUCCUCAUUAUGGUCAUAUUUUGGCCGGUACAAUUAAAGAUACAGUGACAAGAUGGGCCUAUCAAACUGGGCAUCAUGUUGAAAGAAGAUUUGGAUGGGAUUGUCAUGGCCUGCCUGUUGAAUAUGAAAUAGACAAAACAUUGGGUAUUAAAGGCCCGGAGGAUGUACAGAAAAUGGGUAUAGCAACUUACAACGAUCACUGCCGCCAAAUUGUUAUGCGUUAUGCCGGAGAAUGGGAACACAUUGUUGAACGUAUGGGUCGGUGGGUUGACUUUCGUAAUGAUUAUAAAACAAUGUAUCCGUCGUUUAUGGAAUCUGUUUGGUUUGUAUUCAAACAGCUGUAUGAAAAAAAUCUUGUUUAUCGUGGUUUCAAGGUAAUGCCCUAUUCAACAGGCUGCUGUACACCAUUAUCAAACUUUGAAUCCGGACAAAAUUAUCAAGAUGUUAGCGAUCCAUCAAUAGCGUUUUUAUUUCCAUUAGAAGAACAACCAGAUGUAAAGCUAGUUGCUUGGACAACAACGCCAUGGACAAUACCAUCAAAUUUAGCUGUGUGCCUGAAUGCAAAUUCAAUUUAUGCCAAAGUUUUAGAUCAUGCAAAAAAUGAAACAUAUAUUGUAAUGGAAAAACGUUUAUCAGACUUAUAUAAGAAAGUCAAUGACUAUACAAUUCUUGAAACGUUUAAAGGUUCAGAGUUGAAAGAAAAACGUUAUAUUCCUAUAUUCCCGUAUUUCAAACACAUCCCAACAGCAUUUCGUAUUCUGUGCGAUGAUUACGUCACUGAAGAUAGUGGUACAGGCGUUGUUAGUCAAUCGCCCUAUUUUGGUGAACAUGAUUAUCGAGUUUGCUUAUCCAAUGGUAUUAUCAACAAAGAUACGGGUCCAAUUGUUUGUCCAGUUGAUCCUGUUGGUCGAUUUACAUCUGAAAUUGUCGAUUUUCAAGGACAAUAUGUCAAAGAUGCCGAUAAACAAAUAAUUAAAUAUUUGAAAGAUCAUAAACUUUUGUUCAAUCACAGUACAAUCAAACAUUCCUACCCGUUUUGUUGGCGAAGUGAUACGCCACUGAUCUAUCGAGCGAUUCCAUCAUGGUUCAUACGUGUUGAAACGAUGAUUGAAAAUCUGUUGAUAAACAACUCAAAAACAUAUUGGGUGCCGGAUUUUGUUAGAGAAAAACGUUUUGCUAAUUGGUUACGUGAUGCACGUGAUUGGUGCGUAUCGCGAAAUCGUUAUUGGGGUAAUCCAAUUCCAUUGUGGGUGAGUGACGAUUAUGAAGAAGUUAUUUGUGUUGGUUCAAUUGAAGAAUUAAAACGAUUAUCCGGAGUUGAAGUCACAGACAUUCAUCGAGAAAAUGUUGAUCAAAUAUUGAUUCCAUCUCAGUUAGGUAAAGGUUUUCUUCAUCGUGUUCCGGAGGUUUUUGAUUGUUGGUUUGAAUCUGGUUCAAUGCCCUAUGCUCAGUCACAUUAUCCGUUUGAAAAUCGUCAAGAAUUUGAAGAUACAUUUCCAGCUGAUUUUAUCGCUGAAGGUAUUGAUCAAACUCGUGGUUGGUUUUAUACAUUAUUAGUUGUAUCAACGGGUCUGUUCAACAAGCCACCCUUUAAAAAUCUAAUAUGUAGUGGUAUCGUGCUAGCAGGAGAUGGUGAAAAAAUGUCAAAACGUAAAAAAAAUUAUCCUGAUCCAUCAUUAUUGUUUGAUGAGUAUGGUGCGGAUGCUGUGCGAUUGUAUUUGAUCACAUCGCCAGUUGUUCGUGGUGAAUCAUUGAAAUUUAAACAAGAAGGUGUACGAGAUAUAUUGAAAGAUGUUUUUCUACCAUGGUACAAUUCAUUACGGCUGCUCAUUCAAUCGUGCCAAAGAUUGGAAAUUGAAGAUAAGAAAAAAUUUGAAUAUAAUGAAGAAGCAGUGGUCGAUAAACUGACUACAGCUAAUGGUGGUGAUUCCAAAAAAGGAGGAGUAAAUGUGAUGGAUAUGUGGAUUGUGUCAUAUACACAAACAUUGUUAGAGUUUGUCAGAAAAGAAAUGGAUGCUUACCGCCUGUAUACCGUCGUGCCACGUUUAAUUAAAUAUAUUGAUAUGUUAACAAACUGGUAUGUGAGAUUAAAUAAAAAGCGUUUUAAAGGUGAAACCAACGUCGAUGAUUGCAUAUUAUCAUUAAAUGUUUUGUGUUACAUAUUACUGACAAUGUCAAAAUUAAUGGGACCAUUUACGCCAUUUUUGGCCGAAUAUUUUUAUCAACAAUUGAGACGUCUAACUCCAUCAUUAUUGACAACAGACAUACAAGGACAAAGUGUACAUUUUCAAAUGAUACCACAAGCACAAAAAUCAUUGAUAAAUCUACCAAUCGAGAAAGCUGUUGCUGCUGUCCAAAUGGUAAUUGGUUUGGCUCGAGUUGUUAGAGAAAGGAAAGCCGUACCGAUGAAAUAUCCAUUACCAGAAUUAGUUGUUAUUCAUAAAGAUGAUACAAUAUUAGAAAGUAUUAAAUCACUGGAAGAUUUUGUUGCUGAGGGUUUAAAUGUGCGAAAAGUAACAUUGACAAAAGAUCGUGAAUUGUACGGUGUAGAAAUGAAAGCUGAACCAAAUCAUCCAACAUUGGGGAAAAAAGCCGGAUCUAAAUUUCAGGCAUUAAUGAGAAAAAUUCAAGAAAUGAGUGAUUCCGACAUUGAAAGAUUCUUAAAUCGGAAUAAUGAAAAUGGUACUGUUGAAGAAUUUAAAAUUAAUGAUGUACCAAUUGAGAAUGAAGAUCUGCGUGUGACAUAUAAAGUUGUGAAGCAAACAAGAUUUGAAGCUAAUGCAGAAGGAGGGUUUGUCGUUCUCCUUGAUCAUACCGCUGAUCAGGCGUUGAAAGACGAAGGUCUUAUCCAUGAAAUAACAAAUCGUGUACAACGAUUACGAAAAGAAGUAUGUUCUUGGUUUCAUUUGUAG